GUUGAGGCAGGUUGAGGUUAGUUUCUCGCGAGCGGCGGUCACGUGUCGCUUCUUGAUUUAAAGUUUCACAGCGAAUGUCCGUCGCCCGGCCGCCGGCGGGGAUACUCUGAAGAGGGAAAAAGAUGCGUCGUGUCGUCACUCGAGAGAUCCAUCGAUGAAAUUCGUCGCCGAGAUUCGUCCGUCUGCUGAGGUUCGUCGCCGCGAGUAAGAUGGGAAGAUCGAAAUUGAAGAAGAAGCUACAGCAAGGAAAACUGACAGAGUCAAGAAAAUCCGAAGAGACGACGAGUACAAAAGUGCCAAUAGAUAAUUUACCAGAAAAAUUUCUCUGGAUGCACGUGAAGGGCGGUACAAAGAUUAAAAACGUUCUUGGCUACGCGUUGAAAGAAUUUCCCAGUUACGGCAGCAUCGUUUGGACUGGGAGUGGACAUGCCGUCGCAAAAACUAUUUCUUGUGCGGAAAUUUUCAAGAGAAAAUACGAAAGCCUUCAUCAAGUAACGAAGUUGCGUUACGUCAGUACGGAAAAGUCGAAGGAGAACACAUCUGUUGAGGCUGAACGGAUACCGGAAGUUCAUAUUUUACUGACUAAGGAUAUUAAAGACACAACUGAACUUGGAUAUCAAGCACCUGGAGAUUGCGGGACAUUUCCGGAAAAAGACGAUACAACGGAAUCAAAAGCGAACACUACAACAGAAAGUACUGAUAAUGUGCUUUGCAUCGACAAGCAAUCGACAAUGAAUAGUAAGAAAAGAAAGAAUGUAAAUAAGGCGAAGGAAAGCGCGGAACCUUCGAAGAAAAAUAAAGUAUCUUAAUAUAAUUAAAUUAAUGUAAUUAUAUUUUUUAUCUUUAUAUUCUAAUUUUUCUCGAGAUAUCGCUUUAUUCCGAUAGCAGUUACAGAAAAUAAAUAAUACAGAUUUUAUGUA